CCCAGUUCUGCAAGCAUCGCCUUGACGAUGCGCCGUCCCUAGACGCGGCGAUAGAGAAUAAAUUAGAUACACCGACAUGGAAGUCGCUCUACAAUGGCUGACCUGUUGUCCGAGCCCGAGCGGAACCACGCCGCCGCAGAAGAAGAUGACGACGACCACGAUAACGAUGGGACCCUGCACGACGCGAAUACGGUAAAGGCCGACAACGCAAAUGCCACAGAUCGCAUUGUGGAAAUCUUGGAGGAAGAGCGGGAGGAAGCACGUCAUGCGGACCCUCCAACGCCCAUAGGAAAUGGUGUGGUCGCUCAACGAUAUCACAAGCUGAUGCUCGAUUCCCGCAACGAUGCCGCGUCCGACGAUGGCUCCAUUGACGGUGGUCUACCGAGGCGUGCCGGCAGCCCCAUUGACUCUCUUCUCUCCGUCCCCGACGACUCGCCUUCUGCACAGGGCUCUGUCGUCUCCUCCCCCAGCAGCAGCAGCCUCCUCCGCCCAAUGCCCUCCCGCCCAGGUCUUGGCAGCCCGACACCUUCUUUUCGUCCCUUUGACCGCCGCUUCCAGUCACGCAUCGCCUCGCCCAGCCUGCUCUCCCAGCGGCCGUCGUCACCGGCCUUCCUGUCCACCCACAGCCGCAACGCCUCGCUUGGUAGCACGUUCAUUCUAGACUCCUCAAAUGCCGGUGAAACGGAGGCUUCAUCGCCGCCUUGGGAGGUUGUGCGGUGGACUAAGCUCAAAAAACUUACAUCCCAGGCCUUUUCCGAGACCGGGAAGAGGAACUUUGGCUCUCCAACUUGCAUAGCCGUGUCAGACUGCAUUGUAUUGGGCACGUCAAAGGGUAUAAUAUUAAUGUUUGAUUUUCACCAAAACUUGAAGAUGAUUAUAGGACCUGGAACCAAAGCUGUCGAAUCGGGGGCCAUCAGUUCUAUAGCCGUCUCGGCCGAUCACACGACCAUAGCAGGCGGGCAUGUCGAUGGCAGUAUAUUCACUUGGGAUACCGCCCGCUCUGCCAGGCCCUUUUUGCAUAUCCCUCAUCUUGAUCCAUCUCAGCUAAAGAACAGAACUAUUGAUGGGCACGUUCCAAACGUUGCCGUCACGCAUCUGGGAUUCUUGGGCACUAGACGAACUGCUCUGGUUUCAGCCGAUGACAAGGGUAUGGCCUUUGCGCACCUCGCCACCCGCGGCACGGGAGCCCUGGGACGGGUCGUCAAGACGAGCAGAAUACUGGGACGGUACCCUGGCUCGCAACCACCGCCUGGAAAGCCCCUGAAGCCAAGCACGGUGCUCGCAUUCGCGCCUCUGCCUCUCGGAAACGUCGAGCGUGCAACAGACACGAUGGGGUUGACGGCCAUGCUGACGCCUUACCUGCUCGUGGUGGUCUCUACGACUCCAGUUGCGCAGACCCAGCACAAAUCCCCACGCCCCAAGGAGGUCGCGCCACAUAGCACCAUGAGCGGUUGUCUGGCUUGGUUCCCAGCCGUGAAGUUAAAAGUGCCGGACCCCAAAACCGGCAGCCACAUGUCCAAGGUCAAGCUGGUGUAUUGCUGGUCUAAUGUCCUGACCGUCUUGGACGUGGACGAGAUCCCAGCAGACACCAAGGACAAGCCGCCAAGUCUCGGCUUCAAGGCGAGGAGCCGAUGGAGGUCUGAAGAAGCCAUAGUAGCGGUACAAUGGCUCACCCGCUCGGUGCUUACGGUGUUGACGGUCACCCAGCGGUUGAUUGUACUCGAAGACCAGACGAUGCGCAUGACGGAGGCAUUUGACUUGAUCCAUAAGCACAUCUACCACACAGAUCUAUUCUCCAAGCAGCUCUACAAUCUCGUAGAGCAACAUGAUGAGGAAGAUACCACAAUGCACGGUGUCGUUGCCGACUCGUUUUCCAUGUCAUUCAGGACGUACAAGGGGCGCAUAUUCCUGCUCGGCUUCAAUGACGUCUCUAUCGGGGCCUUAUCCAACUGGGCAGACCGCUUGAUCGCUUUGAUGGAACAUGGGGACUACAUAGCAGCCAUACAGCUCGCCACGUCUUAUUACACCGGUGACGCAGACAAGCUCACCAUCGGCCUGCCGGAGGACGCAAAGUUGAGACACGACAUGGUCCAAGAGAAGCUGAUGGAGAUAAUAUCUGCCUCGCUCAAGUAUGCAUUUGGGCAGCGGAAAAAAGACAAGAAGAUGGCAGAUGAUGAGCAUAUGCGCGAGCUGGCCGAGACGUGCUUCGUGGCGUGCCACAACGUAGGGGAUGUGGACUAUCUGUUUGACGAAAUGUAUGAGUGGUAUGAGGAUAUUGGGCUUGAGGGCAUUUUCCUGGAGACGCUUGAGCCGUAUGUUCUUGACAAGAGUAUCACUCAGAUUCCACCAACAGUGGUAAAGGCCCUGGUGGCGCACUUUGUCGAAAAGGACUGGGAGAGCAGGCUGGAGGAGAUGGUCUGCCACAUGGACACGAGGACACUGGAUCUUGACCAAAUGACGAGCCUGUGCCGGCAACACAGUCUCUAUGAUGCACUCAUCUACGUCUGGAACCAGGCGCUCAACGACUUCCUCACGCCUUUGAUCGAACUCCUGAAGCUAUUGGUGCCCCUAAUGCUGAACGGAGAAUAUUGCCCGCCCGACGAAGUCGACGAUGACGGGCCUCUGAACGCCCUUAAAAUAUUUCCGUACCUAUCAUAUGUGUUGACCGGACGGGUGUACCCUACCGAGGAGGCUAUGGACGACGCGAGAGCUGUACAGGCCAAGUCGGACAUAUACUGGUUUUUGUUCUCAGGCAAGAGCAUUUCCUGGCCAAAGGGGUCUGGGAAACGUUUUAUCACAAGACCUGACCUCGAAGACGAGCCGUCAUUCCCGUAUUUACGGAUGAUCCUCAAGUUCAACGCGCCCGACUUUCUGGCUUGCCUGAAUGAGGCGUUUGAGGACGGCUUCCUGAACACUGAUGCGCCCGAAAAAAUGCUCAACGGAAUGAAUGGCAACGAAGACAGCAGUGCAGACGAGGAGCGUGUAUUCGGUGCAACAGUGGACAGGCAGUACAUCAUCAGCAUCCUCACCGAGACCAUGACUGCAGCCAACGGGUUUGGCGCCGAAGACACAGUGUACCUGGAUAUGUUCAUAGCUCGAAACAUGGCAAAGUAUCCGCAGUACCUGCUACUACCCGGCUCGACGUUGACCAGAGUCCUGCGAGGUUUGUGCGAGUACCCAGGCCCGGACUUGGCCGACGACGCGCAGCUCAGCGUCGAGUAUCUAUUAUCCAUGUACCAGCCGCCUGAUCUGGCGGUCACGUUGAUGCCACUGUUCCGCCAGGCUGGGUUCUAUCGAGUACUCAAGCGUAUUUACAAAGGUGAUCAGCAGUACGGAAAGCUGAUUGCAACCUACUUUGAGGACCCGGGCGACCGCGAGAGUGUCUUCGAAUGCAUUGCGGAGUGCCUUGAGCAGGCUGGCAGGGGACGAACGAGGCGCCAGCUGCAGGACGUUCAUGCGGUUGUCAGGGAGAAUGCGCGAGCGUUGGUGCAGCUCGACCCGGCGAGGGCGGCGCGGACUAUCGACGGCGGCGCGAGAGAGCUACACAUGGACUUGCUGGAGGCCGUCGAUGAUGAGCCCGAGUUACAAUUCCGGUACCUGAGAACAAUCCUGGAGCCAUCCUCUGAAAGUGAUAGAGAUGAUGCAGACGUGAGGAGGAGGAAGGUUGAUGAUGAUAACAACAGCAACAACACCAAGGUAGCCAUCCACAGUGAGUUGGUGGAGCGGUAUGUCAGGCUGAUGUGCCGCUUCGAUCCGACGCACGUGUCCGAGUACAUUGGACUGGUGCAGAGCACUGCGGACCUGCGGCUCGAAAGCCUCCUACCGACAAUGGAGGAGACGGGCGUGGUCGAUGCCGCAGUCGUACUGAUGGCGCGUGACGGGAGGGUCAGCGAGGCCAUGCAACGGCUGGUCAGGCACCUGGUGACUCUGGAGAGCGCGCUGCUGGGUCUUUUGGCGGCCGCGGAUGGCGCUGAUGGUCAUCGGGCGAGUGCUGAAGAUGAUGAGCAAGAGCUAAUGGAAGCCAUGAAGAAAUACAUCCUUGUCGGCAUUUGGCUAUGCCAGGGCCAGACCAGGACUGCGGCAGUUGCGGCAAGGAAGAAGGCCAAUAUGGGUGGCGCAAAGGACGCAAAGGGCAAAGAUAAGCACAGCCGUGGGGAUGGGGAGCUGUCUGACGAGGAGAAACUUUGGCUGGAUCUGAUCAACGCCACGGUGCGACUGACAAGGUCUGUUUCGGCCGCGGUUCAGGACUCGCAUAAAAAACCCGCCAAUGGUGAGGACGCACACAGUGAGAGCAACAGCAAGGAAGUACAGAACGGGGACAUGGACAAAGGCAAAAUCCUCGAUGGACUGAGGUCGUUGGUCCAGCAGACGUUCACCGCGCUUCUCACGUCAACGUCAACACCAACCAAUCACAAGGCUACAGUAGCCCUGGAUCCAUCGGCAAUAUCGCCAACAGCAGUUACAGCCACGGGUCCCAAGUCCUAUGCAACGAGGCCUGAUGGCAAGGCGGCGGUUCACAUUAACAACAAUAAUCUUUCCUUCCUCCGUAUCCUCCGCGCAUUCCUCGCGCAGGCGGCGGCAACCUCUCCCUCCCUGGCGGACCUGCGGGCCGUGCUGUCAACCAUAUUCUCGGCGUACGCCUACGAGGAGAGCAUCCUGAGGCUCGCGAACCGCCUGCUAGAGCGCAGCUUGUUCGUCAGCGUUGGGCGUGCUGUCCAACUUCGGCAGCGCGGCUGGCGGCCACGGGGUUCAACUUGCGAGGCCUGUGGACGCAGGGUCACUGGGCCGGGCGUCGCCGGGAGCACGGUUCUCAAGGCUUGGGAAGAGAAGGAGAGCAGGGACCGGGCCGCAAGGGAGGAGAAUGCGGCACGACGGCGGCAUCUGCUGCUGUUGCGUGGACAGCCCAUCUCUGGUGGUAACUCUCUCCUCGGUGCUCCCGAUACCGAAGACAUCGGUACUGAGACCGGCACCGGUAAGGGCAAGGGCAAGGCUACGGAGCAGCACCAGACCCAGUCGCACCAGACCGGUCGGUCAAGGGCCGACUUCAAGAUACGGAACGAGGAACCUCACGGCCAAGCCGUUGAGGAGGACAGCGCUCUAGCCAAGGCAGUGGCUGGCGUAAUGGCCGCCGAGAGGCGAGGGCCUUCGGCCGCUUACAACAGCGCAGACGAGGGCAGCGGCGGCGGAGCAGCAAGGAGAAAGGACGAGCCGCUGGGCCCGCUGGUCGUGCUGGCCUGCCGGCAUAUCUACCACCAAAGCUGCCUGGAAGCGCUGCAGGACAGGAGCAAUGGCGGUGGGGAUGGUGGUGGACUGCGGUACAAAUGCCCUAUAGACAGAUAA